AUGUCACUCUUCUUCCUCAAUCCUCCAUUUCCCUCAAACUCAAUCCACCCAAUUCCUCGUCGCACCGCCGGUUUAUCUUCUAUUCGUUGCUCAAUUUCUGCGCCGGAGAAGAAGCCGAGGAGGAGGAGGAAGCAGAAACGCGGCGAAGGAGGAGAUAAUGACGACUCCUCCUCGUCUUUCGGAAGCGGUGAAGCUGUCUCAGCCCUGGAGAGGAGUCUCCGCCUCACUUUUAUGGAUGAGCUUAUGGAAAGAGCUAGAAAUCGAGACACUUCAGGUGUAUCCGAGGUUAUCUAUGACAUGAUUGCUGCUGGGCUUACCCCUGGACCUCGUUCUUUCCAUGGCUUGGUCGUUGCUCACGCUCUUAACGGCGACGAACAAGGCGCGAUGCACUCGCUGAGAAAGGAGCUAGGUGCAGGCCAACGUCCGCUUCCUGAAACAAUGAUUGCUUUGGUUCGACUCUCUGGUUCAAAAGGAAACGCUACGAGAGGCUUAGAAAUCCUUGCCGCUAUGGAAAAGCUUAGCUAUGACAUUCGUCAGGCUUGGCUCAUUCUUGUUGAGGAGCUCAUGAGAACCAAUCACUUGGAAGAUGCAAAUAAAGUUUUCUUGAAGGGUGCUAGAGGUGGGAUGAGAGCAACUGAUGAGCUUUAUGAUUUGAUGAUUGAAGAAGAUUGCAAAGCUGGAGAUCAUUCUAAUGCCUUAGACAUCUCUUACGAAAUGGAGGCAGCUGGUAGAAUGGCGACAACCUUUCAUUUCAACUGUCUUCUUAGUGUGCAGGCUACAUGUGGGAUUCCCGAGGUAGCUUAUGCGACAUUUGAAAAUAUGGAGUAUGGCGAAGUUUUUAUGAAGCCCAACACUGAGACAUAUAACUGGGUGAUUCAAGCCUAUACAAGAGCCGAGUCAUAUGAUAGGGUUCAAGAUGUUGCUGAACUACUUGGAAUGAUGGUUGAGGACCACAAACGUGUGCAGCCAAACGUGAAGACUUACGCCCUCUUAGUUGAGUGCUUCACGAAAUAUUGUGUUGUGAAGGAAGCAAUUAGACAUUUUCGAGCGCUGAAAAAAUUUGAAGGAGGAACGGUAGUUUUACACAAUGCAGGGAACUUUGAGGAUCCUCUCUCUUUGUAUCUUCGGGCUUUGUGUCGAGAAGGAAGAAUUGUUGAGCUCAUAGAUGCUUUAGAUGCAAUGCGAAAAGAUAACCAACCUAUCCCUCCACGAGCCAUGAUUAUGAGUAGAAAAUAUCGAACACUAGUCAGCUCAUGGAUUGAACCAUUGCAAGAAGAAGCUGAACUUGGCUAUGAGAUUGAUUAUUUAGCAAGGUACAUAGAGGAAGGGGGGCUUACUGGUGAGCGCAAGCGUUGGGUUGAUGAAGAAGUAGACGAAUUAAUAUGUCGAAUCAAGCUACAUGAAGGAGACACAGAGUUCUGGAAACGUCGGUUUCUUGGAGAAGGCUUCAUUGAAACUUCAGUUGAAUCCAAGGAAACAGCUGAAACAAUAGCUACAGAGGAAGAAGUGGUAGUUGCAGAAACUGAGAAUCGAGCAGAAGGAGAGGAUUUAGUUAAGAAUAAGGCAGCUGAAGCUAAGAAGCAUCUUCAAAUGAUUGGAGUCCAACUCUUGAAAGAAUCUGAUGAAGCAAACAGAACAAAGAAACGCGGGAAGAGGGCAUCUCGUAUGACACUUGAGGUGUGUUUAUGUAUAUGUUUAUGA